GCAAGACUUCUAUCUGAGCGCAGCAAAGUGCCUUAAUGGACAGCAGCCAUCGCAUGCGUGACCUACUCCCAUUGGGUUGGCAUGGUGACCGUGACCCAGUGCUUCGACCAGGGCCCUUCAGAGGCACCGCCCUUUCUCCUUCAAGAUGCUUCCGGGAAGAUUGUCGUCUCUCAAGGUAGCGCGCUCACGACACCUCACCAAAAGAGAGGACUCUCAAGUUGGACUCACUUCCUCACGGGGCUGAUCGUCCUUUGGGAUGUAGAUGGAGGUCUCCCACAUGUGGACAAGUACCUGUACAUCAGUGACAACCAUGUGGUGGCUGGGGCACUGCUUGCUGUUGGGAUUUUGAACUGCAGUGUUAGGAAUGAUUGCGAUCCGGCAUAUGCCCUUCUCAAUGAAUAUGUGGCGAAGGAAGACCCCAUCAUCAGGAUAGGGGCGAUUUUUGGACUAGGUCUUUCCUAUGCAGGCUGUGGAAAUGAAGAUGUCCUCAAGCUGUUGGUACCAGUUGUGACCGAGUCGAGAGCUGGAAUGGAUGUGGUUGGUUUUUCUGCCGUCGCUUUAGGGAUGGUAUUUGUUGGCACGUGCAAUCAAGAAGUUGCAGAAGUUAUAUUGCAGGCAUUAAUGGAGCGCUCAGAGGCAGAGCUUGGCGAGCCAAUGGCACGCAUGCUCUGCUUGGGGCUGGGGCUGCUUUUCCUGGGCACACAGGAUGCAGUGGAUGCAACCAUAGAAGUUGCCAAGACCCUGCAUGAAAGGAUCUCCCAGUUUUGUCAGGUGGUCUUGGAGACAUGCGCAUAUGCCGGAACCGGAAAUGUUGAAAAGGUACAACGUUUGCUGGGGCUGUGCGGAGACCACCUUGAGGGGAAGAAUGAUUAUCACCAAGCACCUGCAGUGCUGGGCAUUGCAAUGGUGGCUAUGGCCGAAGAGCUUGGUCAGAGCAUGGCCAUUAGGUCCUUAGAACAUCUGUUGCAGUAUGGGGAGCCGAAUAUUCGCAGGGCUGUGCCGCUUGCGCUUGCUUUGCUUUCCAUUUCAAAUCCCAAGAUCAAUGUCAUGGACACCUUGAGCAGAUUAAGUCACGACAGCGAUUCGGAAGUUGCCAUGGGCGCAACGAUUGGGUUGGGACUUAUUGGCGCGGGGACAAAUAAUGCUCGGAUUGCAGGGAUGCUCCGGAAUCUCUCCAGUUAUUAUUACAAGGAUCCUAGUCUCCUUUUCUGUGUCCGAAUAGCUCAAGGACUUGUCCACUUAGGGAAAGGGCUUCUCACGCUCAACCCCUAUCAUUCGGACCGGAUCCUUCUGUCACAUGUGGCGCUAGCCGGGUUAACAUCGUUUCUUCACAGUUGCCUUGACAUGAAGGGGAUUGUGUUGGGAAAAUACCACUACACCCUUUACUAUCUGGUCUCAGCAAUGCAGCCACGGAUGCUGGUUACGGUUGACGAAGAACUGAAGCCACUACAAGUAGCGGUGCGGGUGGGCCAGGCAGUAGAUGUGGUUGGACAAGCUGGGCGUCCAAACACAAUCACUGGAUUCCAGACUCACACAACUCCUGUGCUAUUGGCUACUGGCGACAGAGCAGAACUUGCAACCGAGAAGUACUUGCCCAUGUCCUCCGUCCUCGAAGGUUUUGUGGUGUUGAAGAGGAACCCCGACUAUGUAGAGGAUCACCUGAGCUGAUAGGACAGAGAGAGAGAGUAGCUUUCUAGGGUGUAUUUGAUAUCGACGACUGUUUGCCGAUUUACAUGUGCAAGGGACUUAGCGUGUGCAUCGUCACUUCCUUGCUGUGCGGGAUAGUUUUUGCUCUGCUUUGCGCGACAGCACCCCUGCGCUUCUUGGAGGGCUUGCUGUAAUAAGUCUUGAAUGGCUCGAGUUCAAUUGGCUGCCCCGUAGCGGAGACUGCUCAGGUUUUCAAUCAGAAGGACUGGAUACAGUGUUAAGAGAACGAGAGAGAUGUGGUGGCCGGCGGUAUUCGAGCGUAAAACCAGCUGAUCUGUUGCACGUGCAAUGAGAGAGCAGAGCAGCGGAACUUGCAUUCAACUCUGAGGCAGAGACAGAUACGUCCAUUUCACAAGCGUAAGGUGCAGAGAUCCAUCUGCUGAUUUUACGAGCAAGAGAGUGCGCGCGCACGAGAGAGAGAGAGAAAGAGAGAGAGAGCGAGAGCGAGAGAGAGAGAGAGAGAGCACAAGCAUCUUUGCAAAGAGAGGAGGUUGGUAGAAGAAGGGCAAUUGACAGGUGAGUGCAAGGAGAAACCAUUACCUGAUGGUCAGGGAAGGGAGUUAUUUUCAGAAUGCAGUUUUGAUUGUGCAUGGAACCAAGUGCGAACGUCUCCCGAUUCUUUUCUCUGCAUGAUGCUGUUUAUUUCUUUCUGUGAAAAGUGUUUAGCAUUUCCUGUUGCUGCUUGAGAGUGUAGUAGACGAAGUAGAAUUGGAUGAAAUGCAGAUGAUCUUUAUUUUCUCGAACUGUUCUCCGUUUCUUUUUAUUUUGAUACAAAUCGUUCCGUCAAUCCACCAUGCUGCCUGUGUUUUUUUCCGUAUUUACCCUCCUCUUACUUGUGGCAAUGGAGUUUCGAUACCUCGUCAAAAUCUUUCUUUUUUUUCUUGUUUUUUUUCCCCUUCUGUUUUUGUUCACUCUUCUAUCUCGCUCCACUAUUCUCUCCAAAUGUGCAAAAUGAGACCGAAUCCUCCGCUGGAACAUCAUCCCGGACAUGGAAAGAUACGUCGCCAUUUUUUUUGUUCUUUUGUCCAAGCAGAGAGUAGUGCAGCGAUACCUUUUUUCACGCUCCAGUGCUGCUGCUUAUCCAAAUUGUGAGAGUAUUUUAAAGUUUCAACUAUUUUUAGAUCAGCAGGCAUCAUCACAUCACAAUACGGAGAACAAGGGAAUACAGAGCUUCGUUCCCCGAUUAACAUGCUUGACGUGGGUGACUGGGAGCGAUUGUGGCCAAGGAGUGACGAUGUGGCGGGACAGUGGGACAGGCCCCACGGGUGAUACAGUCAUGCUUGGAAAUUGAGAGAUGGUUAAUGGAAGGCCCAGAAUUUGGGGUUUUUCGCCACAUCACCACAAGCAAUGUCGUCGAACAUUUCACGAACAAACAAUGCAAGCUGAU